AAAUGUCGAGGCAACUUGAACCUCGGCAGGAGUGCCGGUUCCUGAGGCUCAAUUCUUUCUAGCGCGGCGAUUUCUCCGCAAUCCAGCGACUUUUGAGUCUUGGAAAACGCGGAGCGCGCCUUUGAAUCUCGGAACACCGCUUCCCCCACAUGGUCACCAGCGGACGGUCUACCCUUCCUAGUAAACGUCCGUUGGACGCCUAGCACUCGGACGGCAAUCGCCCGACGAACCGGCUGCGAUCAGCAGACGUCUACGUCAAUCCGGAUAGCUUUGGAAGAGCUUGGGGGAAUUAUGCAGGUUAUGAUGCGGAAGAGCAGGAUGAGUUCGGCGGUAUAAGAGUGCAGUGGCCCCGGAAAAGUUGGAGCACAGCUCUCGUGAAGACCUGCAGAACGCACAAUGCUGGGACCAAAGCUAUUGUUGACUACAGUGUUUGCUGGCGCUCUUGCGUCAGCUAGCUACCUGCCUCCAACUGCUGAAGAGCCUCACUUCUCUCAGCAUAUGAGGAGGCAGAGCAAUGGCACAAACUUCCAUGGCCCGUAUAGCACCCAGGGAAGAGAGAUUGUCGACAGCCGUGGUGAGGCCGUCACUUGGGCUGGUGUCAAUUGGCCAAUGUCGGGAGAGACUAUGAUCCCAGAAGGCCUUGAAUGGGCAUCUGCAGGAGAGAUUCUUGACGACAUUGCAAGUGUUGGCUGGAACUACAUCCGCAUGGGCUACGCCAUUGAGAUGGUUGAUCAGGUCUACGACAGAAACGGAACAGAUGUACCUCUCGAGGUUGCGCUGAUCAACGCUCUGGGCUACGUCAAUGGGACCAAGGUCACAAAUGAGAUCAUCGCAAAGAACCCGGGCUGGACGACACAGACCACCCGCUUCGAGAUCUGGUCCGACAUCGUGUCACUCGCCGAAGAGAAGGGCAUCUUCAUCUCGCCCGACGUCCACGUUGGCAAGGCACAAUGGUGCUGCUCCCACAUCGACGGCAACGCCUGGUUCGACGACGUGAACUUCAACGCCACGCACUGGCGCCGCGGCCUCUCGUACGUCGCCAAUUGGGCCAAGCAGCACCCCAACGUCGUCAGCAUGUCGCUGCGCAACGAGAUGCGCGAGUCGUGGAACAUCACAAACCUGUACUACAACUGGGACACACUUGUGGGCAACAUGACCGCGGGCGCUGACGCCAUCCACGCCGCCAACCCCGACAUCCUCAUCAUCUGGGGCGGCAUGCAGUACGGCCAGGACCUGUCCGCGCUGACCAGCGGCAAGAACAUUCUAACUGCGCCCUGCUACAAGUGCACCGCGAUCCGCGACGCCGCCCGUCGCGAGCCCGUCGUGUUCAACCUUGCCGACCACGCCUGGUCCAAGAAGCUGGUGUGGGAAUUACAUUUGUACCGCAUGAGCGAGGACGUUGACACCGGUAACUGCGACAUCAUCAAGGCGGGCUUCUACCGGAAUGGUAUGAACGCGCUCGGUAUUGAAGCUCCGUCCGCGUGCAACAUCACCAACGACUGCCCCGAGGCCGUCACACAGACACCAGUCAUUAUCUCGGAGUUUGGCAGUGGCCAGGAUGAGACGCUGUUCAAUGACACUCUUCAGAACUGCCUGAAGGAGUACACAAUUGAGAACAAGAUCAGCUGGAUGAUGUGGAGUGUUGCGGGUAGCUACAGGAUCAGGUCUGGCGUGCAAGGAUUUCCGGAUACCUGGGGCCUGACGACACCGGACUGGACUGGAUGGCAGUACGAGCGGGGUAUUGAGGAGUUCUGGAAGCCGUGGACUGAGGCUAUGAAUGUGACGCAUGUGGUGUAGAUACAUACAACAUCAGCCACUUAUACAACAUCAGCCACUUUGUAAUGAUACGAAAGUUUGCUUGAAUACAC